CUCUGUAAGGAGCCCAUCCAGUCUUUUCUUCUGUAACAAGCUUCUCCUCUUCACCUACACAGAAAAAUCGGCUCCCCAGGGUCACAUUUCAUCCUCUCCUCUUCACCUACACAGAAUAUUUUUCUCGGUGCUGACCACGCGAAAGCACCCCCCGAGUUUUUCAUCUACACAGAAACACCAUUCUCGGCACUGACCACUCCGAUUCGGCGCAGUUCAUCCUCACCACCAUUACCUCCACGUCGAGCUCCAAGGUAGAAGCUAUAGGUUCUUCAAGGCGGAGUUGAUAUGGCUUCCUUUGUAGAGUUAUCAGAUAAUGAGUAUGAUGAAGUAGUAGUUGAUGAUGUGCCUGAUAAUGAUGAUGGUGUUGAAGAACCCAAGGUUGGUGAGGUUGUCGAAGAACCCAAGGCUGGAAUGACAUUUUCUAGUGAGGAAGAAGUCCGGUCUUACUAUAUGAAGUAUGCUAAGUAUAAAGGGUUCGGGGUGCGUAGAAGAAAUUCUAGACAAAGCGACGAUGGGAAGGUUAGAUGGUUUACGUUGGUAUGUGUCCGGCAAGGCAUAAUAAAGAGUCAGGCUUCCAAUGUCCUCAGACCAAGACAAACAGAGAGGGUAUGGUGUAAAGCAAGAGUUAAUGCGGUUUUGAAUGAGGAUGGCGGAUACACCUUAUCUAGUGUAAUCUUGGAUCACACACAUGUAUGUAGUCCGGGGAAAGCAAGACACUUUAGAUGUUUCAAGAAGGUAAAUGCUCGUGUGGCUAAGAGGCUUGAAAUAAAUGAUGAGGCCGGAAUACGUACUUCCAAGACUUUCAAGAGUGUAGUUGUUGAAGCGGGGGGGUAUGAGAAUGUGCCAUUUGGGGCGAAGGAAUGUCAAAACUAUAUUGAAAAAGCACGACAACUUCGCCUCGGAGUUGGAGGUGUCGAAGCUCUAAUGAACUACUUCCAGGAUAUGCAGAAAAAAAAUCCAGACUUUUUUUAUGCGAUCGAUGUGGGCCCUGACAUGAGAUUAAAAAAUGUGUUUUGGGCAGACGCCCGAAGUAGAGCGGCAUAUCAAUCAUUUGGGGAUGUAAUCACAUUUGAUACAACAUACUUAACUAAUGCUUAUAAAAUGCCUUUUGCGCCGUUUGUGGGUGUGAACCAUCAUAGUCAGUCAAUUCUAUUCGGGUGUGGAUUGAUAUCCAAUGAAGAUGCACAUACUUUUGAGUGGUUGUUUCAGUCAUGGUUGAAGUGUAUGAAUGACCGACCACCAAACGCAAUCAUUACAGACCAAGAUAAGGCAAUGCAACUUGCAAUUGCGAGGGUGUUUCCUUCGUCUAGGCAUCGUUUUUGCUUGUGGCAUAUCAUGAAGAAACUUCCUGAGAAGUUUGGAUCAUAUUCUCGAUAUGACGAGAUCAAAAGUACUCUACAUCGAUGUGUGUAUGACUCGUUAAAUGAGAAUGAAUUUGAAGAACGAUGGUGUGAAUUGCUUGACAAUUAUGAUCUUCGUGAUAAUACUUGGUUGGGAUCUCUUUAUGUUGAUAGGCAGUUUUGGGUGCCGGCAUAUGUUAAAAAUACAUUUUGGGCUGGAAUGUCAACUACACAACGUAGUGAAGGCAUGAAUGCAUUUUUUGAUGACUACGUUCACUCUAGGACCACAUUGAAACAAUUUGUUGAUCAGUAUGAUUCAGCCCUUAGGAGGAAGGCAGAGAAUGAAGCAAUUGCUGACUUCAAUUCAUUUAACACUGAGAUUCCUUGCAUCUCCCGCUAUCCUAUUGAGAAGCAAUUUCAAAAAAUAUACACAAUUGCCAAGUUUAAGGAAGUCCAAGAAGAAUUUCGAGGGUUUUUAUAUUUGAGUACCUCGUAUUUAGGGGGCGAUGGUGCAAAAUAUAUGUACGGUGUCACGGAUGAGAUUGAAGUGAGUGAUGGACUCCUUAAACGUGCAAACUACAUGGUGAGAGUACAUGAUGAAGAUCCCCUAGAGAUUACAUGCAGUUGCAAGUUGUUUGAGUUUAGGGGAAUAUUAUGUAGACAUGCUCUUCGUAUUUUGACGCAGUUAGGCAAAAGUGAAGUUCCUCCAAAAUAUAUUUUGGAUCGGUGGAGGAAGGAUAUAAAGAGAAAAUAUCUACUCAUAAAAAGUAGUUAUGAGGCGACGAGCAACCCCGAGAGACAAAGGUAUGAUCGGAUCCAAACUUGCUUCUAUCAACUGUGUUCAAAUGCCGCAAAGACCGAAAGAAACUGUGUCAAAUUGAUCGGUCAACUAGAACAGUUGAAACUAGAGUACCCGGAUGACGAUUCAAGAGAAAGUACUUCUACAUCUAGUCCAGCUACUCCCAUGGAUGGCACGACAGGAAAAGUUCUUAGUCCGUUAGUUGUCCGGAGUAAAGGGAGACCACCAAGUAAGAGAAGAACGCACCCCGUUGAGAAGGCUCUGAAGAAACCGAGUACGAGAAGGAGAUUGCCCACAACCGAGAUGAGAAGUCACUUAUCGAGAGAAGAUAGACCAAAUACAAAUGUGAGCGGCACACAACAUGAGGCUCCGCAAACCCAGGUAUCCUGGCUACACUCUCAAGAAAGUCAAGUUUGGACACAUGCGCCGGAUUAUUUUUGUACUCCCUCGACUGCUCCUCCACCUCCAGUACAAGCGCAACCUGUGCGAUUGAAUCUCUCGGAUCAAGAUGAUCUAUAUCAGCCUAGAUGGUGGCAACCAUGAUUGUGUUGUAUUUAUAAUGGUGAUGGUGUUGUCCAGUUGGAGGUGUUUUUUGUGUAUAUGCUAAUUUGAACACUUAUUGUUGGGCAUUUUUUGUAAGUGAAGUGGUUUAUGUAUUUAUGAUGGUGAUGGUGUUUCUAUAAUAUGACCAUUUUUUGUAAGGUUUAUGUAUUUAUGAUAGUGAUGGUGAUGUCUAGUUGAAGGUGCUUUUUGUGUAUAUGCAGAUUUUCUAUAUUGUUGGGCACUUUUUGUAAGGUUUAUGUAUUUAUGAUGGUGAUGGCUAG